UACUUGGAAUUUACUACCUCAGACCCCCAUUCACCUCCAUCUCCACCCUACCCUUGGAAUUUAAUGCCCCCAUCUCACCCGACUUGAAAUUUACUACCACAGAUUGUUAGCCUAUCAUUUGGUAACUAAACAUUGUGCUAAGUUCUGCUUCUGUAAAGGGUAUUUAAACCCUCCUCUUUUACAGAACGAGGUCUUCCAUCUCCUCGGAGCUUGGUGGACUCUGGUGUGUUGGUUUAAUAACAUUCCUUUGCUUUUCCAUCGACUCUGGACUCUGACUAUCAAUGGGCUUCCAGGAACAGACUCUGACAAUCCGAGUCUAACAGAACCAGAUUAGUCACACUUUUCCCGCCAAAUGGGGUUUUAUGGUUGCUUUCUAGAGACAGGAGAGAGUGCUUCCUCUUUUAACACAGGGAGAAGCGCCCCUUGAUCGACUUGACAGCUUGACAAUGUUCCAACUGAUAGCCACCCCUUCAAAUGCCCUUGCAGAUGAGCCCGUGUCCAUCCGAGCAAUAGGCCUGCCUCCAUCACAGAUGGUGACCAUCAAAGCAACACUGAAGGAUGAGAAAGAGAAUCUGUUCCAAUCCAAAGCCUUUUACAAGGCCAACGAGGCUGGCGAAGUUGACCUGGAGCAGGCAUCAUCCCUGGGCGGUGACUAUGUAGGGGUUCAUCCAAUGGGCCUCUUUUGGUCUCUGAAGCCCAAGAGGGCUUUCCAGAGGCUGAUCAAGAAAGAUGUGAUCAACAGCCCCUUUUGCAUCACUCUGGACCUAUAUGACUCUGUUAUCAUCCAAGAUACAGUUACAACUCCACCCAAGGCCAGUCAGAUAGUACAGCGUUGGUUUGCUGGCCCUGGGGUUCAGCGGGAGCAGAUCCGAGAAGGUCGGGUGCGUGGAGCCCUUUUUCUCCCUCCAGGGAAGGGUCCUUUCCCAGGAAUUAUUGAUUUGUUUGGGAGCUAUGGGGGUCUAUUUGAAUUCCGUGCCAGUCUUCUGGCUUCCCAUGGCUUUGCAGUGAUGGCAUUAGCAUAUUUUGCCUAUGAAGACCUGCCUGACACACUGUUGGUGGAGGACUUGGAUUAUUUUGAGGAAGCAGCCAAUUUCCUACUAGCUCACCCCAAGAUCCAGCAGCCAGGAAUUGGUGUGAUUUCCUUGAGCAAAGGUGCAGAUAUCGGGCUGGCCAUGGCCUGUUAUCUGAAGCAAGUGGUUGCCACUGUCUGCAUAAAUGGGUUCAGCAUCGUUUUUGAUAUUCCACUAAGAUACCGAGAUCUGGUGGUGACACCCAUCCAACUGGCUCUGGAGCGCACCGAAGUCCAUGUCUCAGGUGCUGUGCGCCUCCGUCACUAUACGGAUGAUUCCUCGAAUAAGCUGAACCCACAGAACAUACUUCCCAUCGAAAAGGCUCAAGGGAAGAUCCUCUUCAUUGUAGGAGAGAAUGACGAAUGCCUGGAUAGCAAGGCAAACGCACAGAGGGCCUUGGACCAACUCAGGAGGCAUGGGAGAAGCAACGGAAGGAUGCUGGCAUAUCCCGGGGCGGGUCACAUCAUAGAGCCGCCCUUUUCUCCUCAUUGCUUUGCAUCCUGGCACUCCGUCUUGGGUAAACCCUUGCUUUGGGGAGGAGAUCCCAUUGCUCACGCGGCAGCCCAGGAACACUCCUGGAGAGAGAUCCUGAAGUUCUUCAGGCAACACCUCCUUCACUCUGGAAGCAAACUCUAAGCAAAUGUUGUGACUAUGGUAGGGUAGAGGGCAGGAAGUGGGUUAGAGAAGAGGUUGGAAUUAGUGUGAGGAUAAAAGCAUUAGUUAGGGAUUGGAGGGCAAGGGAGGGGGUGGGAGACAGUAUUCUCCUGGCUUUCUUACCUUCACAUUCAUGCUAAUUUACUUGGAAGGAAAUGAGACAAAUUAGAAGACCAGGACACACGUUCAUCUGAUGUAUUUCUGACAGAUUUGUGUGUAGUUUGAAACUUUGUAAAUCAAAUUUUAGUUUAUAUAUGGGAAUACACUAGUAUUCAGAAAUUGUGAUCUUCUUGUAAACUGAUAAACACUACACACACACACACAC